CUUUGUCACUUUUUAUUGUUGACAAAUACAUGUAGCCUGGAUUUAUAAAUGAUUACAAAGGAUUCAAAAAAAAACAAAGAUGACAGGCAAACAGAAGAAUUUGAAUUUAAAAAAUGAAACAAAGAACGACAGUGAUUUCGAGAAUGUACAGCUACCGCAUUACUCCAGAAUAGACCAAUUUAAAUGUGGAGCAUGUAAUUUGCGCUUUAAAACCAUUAGUAUGUUACACAAUCACCUUUCAAAUCAUGUUGAAGGUGGUUCAUACUAUUUUCAUCAUAACACGGGUGUUGCUUUUCCUAAAUUUGACAUGGUUUGUUCAUAUACUCAGUAUAGUUACUCAGGAAAGGCCCGUGAUGAUGCUUGUGAUACAUUCAUUGAUAAAGAACAUGACAAACAAAGAUCUAAUGACUAUGAACCUGCUCCUCAACACCAAGUUCCUGGUGACUACCAUAGUUUGUCACAAUCUUCAAAUCAAGGCAAAGAAAGAAAAAGUAAUAGGUUGUCUAAGCCGAAUAAAAAAUAUGAAGCCUGCAUCACUGGGAAAGAGCUAAAAUCAUACUUUGGUCAAAAGGAUAAAAAGCUAGAUGGAACUGAAAGAUCACCAAAAGAUAUACAUAUUGAUUGUGAUAUUGAACUUCAUGCAACACAGUGUGCAUGUCAUGUAUUAUCAGUAGAAAAGGACCAUUGUGAUAGAAUUGGAAACGAUACUGUCACAGAAGGAUUAGACAAAACUGAAAUUGUUGUACUUAACAAAGAGAUAGCCUCUAAGAACACCAAUUUAAAAACCACCAAUGGGGAUGAUGUGAAGGACGACAAACAAGAUGUCAACAAUGAACAUUUAGCUAUAGCAACAGAUGUAAAUGUAGGUACUGAAAGUAAAAUGCAUGGAUCUCAAAAUUAUAAAUCCAAUGAUGAACAAACAGCAACAGAAGCACUUCUUGAAAUAGGAAAAAGUGAAAGGGCUAUUUCAAGUGGAAAGAGUGAAUCGAAAAAGAGUGAAGAGCAAUCACACACUUGUGUUGAAGAAGACAGCAGUUGCCAAAAAGGACAAAGGGUGAAGAAGUGUCCAGUUUGUGGUAAAGCUGGUAAUUCUGUUAUGAUAUCUUACCAUAAACAUUUGCAUGGCCCUGGCUAUUCCUGUGAAAGAUGUGGUCUUCAAUUUCAGCACCCAAAAAUUUUACAGAAACACUUACUGCAGCACCAGACUAAACAGUUUACGUGUGAGAAAUGUGGGGCCAAGUUUUACCGUAAACAAUACUUGAUAACACACCAACUUCUCCAUACGGGCGAGAGACCUUUCAUGUGCGAGGAGUGCGGCCAGUCGUAUAGGAGCCUGACCAACCUGAAUCGCCACGUCCGUCACACCCACAAGCAGCUUCGCAAGUACGAAUGUGACGUGUGCAAAGAACGCUUCUUCCGCAUUGACCACAUGAAGAACCAUCGGGUGCGGCAUUUUGAGGCGAAGCUGCAAUGUCAGCACUGUGGGCGGGCAUUCAAAAUCCUGCCCGACCUUCAACGGCAUAUGAAGACACAUACCGGCGAGAAGACAGCGUACUGCCCCGUCUGUCAACAUGGUUUUAUUUCCAUGUAUCAUUACUACCAGCACAUGGAUCGGAAGCAUGGUGUUGAUAAGGAGAAGGCCAAACUUAUAAAAUUACAUCGACCCACAAAAAGAAUGCCAACAGCUGAACAAGACAGAGAUAUUCAUACUGCUGUUAACCCAGACAUCUCCGUAGUAGGUACUACCAGGAACAGUGGCAACAUGAGGACAAAUGAUUCUGAAUGGGAUACUGGUGAGACUGAUAAAAUGCCGAUCGUUAAACAAGUAAUUACAAUACGAAGGGUAAAGAAAUCUGAUGUGUCAGGUCUUCUCGAAAAGGAUCAAUCAGACGAGGCAGGUGGUUCUGAAGUCAAGAAUGGUUUUAGUAACUGUUUACCAUCGGUGGAUUUGAAUCAAAUAGAAACAUCGGACACAGGUGAUGUACAAGUGAUAGAUGAAUUGGAUGUCGAAAGCAGCAGAGAAACUUCAAAACAUGUUGAACAUUUACAGGGUACACUGUCUGAAGUUGGCGGUGAAGAGUUAAUGGAUAUCAUAGAGGAAGAAGUGAUGGUGGAUUCGGAAAUGGGCGUGAUUACCCAGUACAUAGAUGGUGGUUCAAUCUCUGUAAUUAAUCCGGACUGUGGCUACGCUAGUGAGAUUGUUAUUGAUAACUUGAUGGAUGAUGGUUAAUUAACCGACUCUAUAAAGUGAAGUCUAGCGUGUUCUAAAGGGAUGUUGAUGCAUAAAUAGAAUAGUGUGGAUGAGAAACUGCACGUAUGGCCAAAAUCGUGACACAUGUUUUAUAAGUUGCAAAGUAUAUUUGAGCCACCUUAAUUGUUGUUUUUUCCAUACAUGUUAUAGGUCAAUGUAUGUGUCCACAGAUUGGCACAUGGGUUUUUAAAGCUGCACUCUCACAGAUUGAACGUUUUAACAACUUUUUUUAUUUGUUUGUCUUGGAACGAGCCAAUUUUUACGAAAAUCCAUGGAAACCAGUUAUAUAUGACUGCUGACCGCAGAUUUUUAUAUUUAAGUUCAAAAAUUGAUGCAUUUUCCCUAAACUAUUAGUAACGAUUAAGCUAUAAAAUAUUAUUUUUCUAACGAAAAUAUAGAAAUCUACGAUCUGAUUUUUUGUCAGCAAUCUUAUAUCAUUGGUUUGCAGAUAUUUACGCAAAAAUCUGCUCUUUCCAAGACAAAAAAUAAAAAAAGGUGAAAAAGUGGUAAAUCUGUGAGAGUGCAGCUUUAAUAUUGUAACGUGAAGGACAGUAGAUGCUCUAGUAGACAUUGACUUGAUACAGGAAAACAAUCGUGACUUGUGUUCCUUAAAUGAACGGCCUUUCGGCAAUUACGAUGUUUUCCCGAUGAACCCAACACUUUCGGAUAUGUUCAGAUUGCGAAUGAAUAAUCGCGUUUAUCUUGUUAUUGUUCAUAUUGACAAUUGUGUCAGCAAACAACGGAAAACCUAAAUCAACAUGUCAAAAAUUGUUAACUAUAAUCAUAAAUGAUCCGUUCAAUCUAUUGUUGUCCUUUUACGUUAAAAGCGAUUUUAUUUUGGGACUACUUUUGUCCGUAGCAAUAAAAUGUGUA